AUGGAUGAAGCCGUUACCCAAAUCAAGCGCUUGGUGGAAACGAGUGAUGAGCUUGGACGUCGACGCAUCAUGGAAUCACUCCAUAAAUUAGCUUACUCAAUGGAGAGUCCGGAAGAUACCAGGGAUCGAUAUAGCUUCCUGCAUCUUCAAACGGCAACUGUUAAGAUAGGCUUCAACCUAGAGCUAUUCAAGUAUAUGGCCAGCUCAACGAAAGCAGUGAGCGUCGAUGAAGCUACUCGGAAAACGGGUGGCCAAAAAGAGUUGAUAGGGCGACUGCUGAGAUACCUAUCAUCCAUUGGUGCCAUCGAUGAGAUUAGCGCAGGCCAAUAUCUCGCUAACAGAGUAACAAGGAAUCUCGCUGGGGAAGCUGCGGAAGCAGGUAUCUGCCAUUACUUUGGUUCUGUGUCGAUGCAGUACCAGGAACUCCCGUCAUUCUUGGAAAGAUCUGGCUAUAAAGAGCCUGUUGACGAAACGAACACUGCCUUCCACCAAGCUUGGAAAACUCCCCUCAGCCCCUUCAUCUGGUAUGAUAGCCAACCGAGAUUGGCUAAGUAUUUCAACGACUACAUGGCUACUCGGAGUCAACCUCAACAGUCAUGGCUAAAAGUAUACCCAGUCUUAGAGGAAGCCACGAACCUACACCCAGAAAGGGCUCUCUACGUUGACGUUGGCGGUGGAAUUGGUCAUCAAUGUGCCCAGUUCAAGGACAAGUACCCAGAGUUGCAGGGAAGAGUUAUCCUCCAAGAUUUGCCAUUUGCGAUCGCAGAAGCAUUGCCAACUCCGGGCGUUGAAAACAUGGUGCAUGAUGUUUUCGAACCACAGCCGAUUAGAGGUGCCAAGAUCUAUCACAUGCGCUCAAUACUUCAUAAUCAUCCGCAGCACAAAGUCUCUCAGAUCCUUCAAAACAUUAAAGCCGUAAUGGCACCCGACUCCAUACUCUUGGUAGAUGAGAUGAUCCUGCCAGAGGUAGGAGUGGACGCUGUAACGGCAGCAGUCGACCUGACUAUGCUCUCAGCCUUUGCAGCUAGGGAACGCACAGAGGCGGAGUGGCGGAAGACAUUUGAUGAAGCAGGGCUUGAGUUAGUUCAGGCACGUAUCUACAAUCCACUUACUUACGAAGGCGUACUAGACGCCAGACUGCAUGCAAGAGGCACGAAAUCUCAGGUUGGAAAUGAGACCGCGUGGGCUCAAUAA